AUGAGGGACGAGGGGUACAAUCUGGAAACUCUCACUUAUGAUCAUUCUGCUUUGUUCCUAGAUAUCUAUGAGCCACAAGUGAGGAUGGGUAUGAGGGGUUUUAAGUUUGAGAAUGCUUGGUUGUUGGAUGCAGGUUGUGGUGAAAUGGUGAGGGACUCUUUGAACGAAUAUGAGGAUAUGGGUUUGCAAGAGAGAUUAGCACUGUGUGGUUCGCGGAUGGUUGGUUGGGGUGGUGACAGAUGUCAUCGCUUUGGUAAACAUAUUAAGGAUGUUUAUUGGAAACAAAGGGCAAAGCAGCACUGGUUGAGAGAAGGGGAUAUGAACACUAUGUAUUUCCAUCUCUCGCCCUCUAACAAGAAGAGGAAAAAUCGACUGGUUAAGCUAAAGAAUGGGGAUGGUGAUUGGGUGGAAGGGAAGGAAUUGGGGCCUCUGGCUGUGAGCUAUUAUGAUGGUAUUUUCCAGAGUAAAGGUUGUUAA